AAGGAUAAAAGCCUAACUUCUCAUGCCUUAUUCCCCUACCCUUUGCUUCUUACAAAUUCACUUCCCCUUUCUCUCAAGAUUAUUCAACACAACACAAUGUCCCUAAAACUUAAAUUCUUUCUUCUCCUUCUCCUUUCCAUCUCCAUUCCUUCCUCAUCAGCGAUGGUUGAACCACUUCGAGACAUCAAGAUUACAGAGAAGUCGAUCAUCAAGGUCGGUAGCAUCCAAAUGAAUGCAAGGAAGCUUAUGACACUCGACGUACAGGACUAUGAUGAGACAAAAGCAAAUAAUAGACACGAUCCGAAGAAGCCUGGAAAUGGAAAGCCUUGAGAUAGCCUCUCUUUAGCUUAUGGUUUAAAUAACAUUAAAACACUUCUAUUUUCCUUCACCAAGAUAAUGAACAUGGUAUGUGUGGAUCGAGAGUGUAUAUUAGCCUGCUAAGAUGAGGAAAUCUUUGGAUAAAGUAAGGCUUUUUUAAUUCUUUUUUUCAAUUUCACUUCCUUAUUAUGCUUCUACUGCUAUUGGCUUUGAUUAUCACUCAGGGCCAAGUCUGAGCUUUGUGGUUAUGUUUGAGCAGUUCUUUUAUGUGUCAAAUAUCAAUGAUGAGCUAUAGUUUAAGUUCAAA